AUGGAUUCUUCUUCUUCUUCAUCUUCAUCAACUCGCCACUACAACUACGAUGUCUUCCCAAGCUUCUCCGGUCAAGAUGUCCGCAGAACUUUUCUCAGCCACUUUCUUGAAGCUUUGAAAAGCAAGGGAAUCAAAACAUUCAUAGAUAAUGGGAUCAUAAGAAGCGAGUCUAUCAACUCUGAGCUCAUAAGAGCUAUCAGGGAAUCAAGGAUUGCUGUCGUGAUCCUAUCUAAGAACUAUGCUUCUUCGAGCUGGUGUCUAAACGAGUUGCAGCUGAUCAUGGAGUGCACGGUUUCUUUAGGCCAAACUGUGAUGACAGUCUUUUACGAUGUGGAACCAUCUGAUGUUAGAAAGCAGACUGGAGAUUUUGGAAAGGCCUUUAAAGAAACUUGUUACCGGAAGACAGAGGAAGAGAAGAAGAAAUGGAGUGAAGCUUUAUCUCAAGUUGCAGUUAUUGCCGGAGAACAUUCUGUUUCAUGGGCUGGUGAGGCUGAGAUGAUCUCGAAAAUCGUCAUGGAUGUAUCUAAUGAGUUACCAUCAACGGAUUUCGAUCAGUUAGUUGGAGUUGAAGCUCAUCUAGAAAAGAUGAGAUCGGUCAUAUGCUUAGACUCCGACGAGGUGAAGAUUGUGGGGAUCUGGGGUCCUGAUGGUAUUGGCAAAAGCACCAUAGUAAGAGCUUUAUACAACAACAUUUCCAGCAACUUCCAACUUAAGUUUUAUAGGGAGAGAGGUCCAACUAACUCGAUGGGAUUACUAUCGGAAGUGCUAUCUGGAAUGUUAGAUCAUAGAGACAUGAAGAUACUUGACCUGCAAGACGCGCAAUAUAGGUUAACGCGCCAGAGAGUACUUCUUGUUCUUGAUGAUGUCGCUUCCCAGCAUCUACAAGUUUUGCAAAAUCUAUUUCGGAGUCUUUUAUUCGGAAGUAAGGUGAUUGUGGUGAAUAAAGAUAUAGAAACAUUUACUCAUAAUGGUAUAGAGCAGAUAUACAAAGUUCCUUACCCAUCGAGCGAAGAGGCUCUACAGAUCUUUUCAUACUCUGCGUUUGGGCAAAGCUCUCCGCCCAGAGGAUACUUUAAGCAUGCUGUUGAAGUAUCUAAGCUUAUUGCACCUUUUCCACUUGGUCUUAAGGUCUUGGGUUCGGCUCUACGUGGGAAGAGCGAAGAGGAGUGGACAACGGCACCGGCUAAACUCAGAGCCUAUCUUGGGGAUAAGGAUAUUGAGAAAACAAUUAGAUUUGCUGUCGAUGGCUUAUCUGAGAAACAUAAAAAUUUGUAUUUUUCAUUAACUUCAGCUAGUAACCGGGGUAAGAACCUGAAGGACUCCAUAUACUUGCUAGCCAAGGGAGACGACUGGGACGUGGAGAAAGAAAUACAAACCCUAGCUGACAUGGCUCUCAUCUAUAUAUCUAGUGAAGGAGAAAUCAUGAUGCACGAUUUGGAUUUCAAGUAUCUACCAAUUGAUGGAUACAAAAAAAGAUGUCCAUUGUCUCAUCCGACUCAUCCUCACAUUCUUUCCCCUCUAGCCAACCAAAACCCUAAAUCCAGCUGCUUCGUAUGCGGGAAACAAAAACACCAUACCGAUCCAGGUUUCCAUUACCAUUGCACCAUCUGCCAUGUGGAUUUCCACAGUUACUGUUUCAAAUUGCCUAGAAAAAUAACACAUCCUUUUCACCUCCAACACCCUCUCUUUAUCACCUUUGGAAAGCAUGAAAACAUCUUCGACGGCAGCAAUAUUAUAACGGAUGAAAUAGGCUCCGGACAUGCCAUUCUUAACCCUAUCUUCAGCACAUUGGAUCCUGGUAAGUCUGCAUGGGGUAGUAUAUACGAUAAUUGCACUUGGUGUGGGAAUUAUAUACCAUCAUCAUUACCGAAUCCGAGCAGCACAGUUUUCUAUCGAUGUUCUAUUUGUAACUUCUGCUUGGAUACCUCUUGGACGCCCCUGUGUGCGCGAAACAACCCACCUCUUACUAUUGAAAACCCAAAAGGCCAUCAUCAUUCACUCGUCUUCUUCCCUCGACCACUUUUACUUCCCUGUGAUGCUUGUGGGUUGGUCGAUAGAUCAGCACCAAGUUAUGCUUGUUUCCAAUGUAAUUAUAUGGUCCAUCAACUUUGUGUUGAUUUACCACGUGUCAUAAAGAUCACACGUCAUCCUCAUCGUCUAUCUUAUUCUCCUUACCUUCUUCCACCCCCAAAUUCAUUAUGUAGGAUCUGCUACAAGACAGUCGACAUUAAAUAUGGUCAGUAUUCUUGUAAAGACGAGGAUUGCUCUUACAUACUCCAUUCUAAGUGUGCAACACAUGUGAUGGUAUGGGACGGGAAGGAACUCGAAUGGGAACCUGAAGAAGUUGUAACUGAAGAUAUUGCACCAUUCAAAAAUGUAGGUGACGGUUUGAUAGAACAUUUUGGUCAUGAACAUCAUUUAAAGCUCGAGAAGUAUGAUAGUAUACGAGAUGCAAAGAAGCAAUGUCAAGCGUGCGUCCUUCCUAUUGUCUUGCAUGAUUUCUACAAUUGUAUACAAUGUGAUUAUUUUCUCCACAGUGUGUGUGCUGGUCUACCAAGGAAACUGGAUCAUGCAUUGCAUAAUCAUUCUAUUUUCCUCGACCCAUUUCCUCCACCCAACGAUAGUGACUUUAACCACCUACAAUGUUCAGCUUGUUCUCGGACAUCCAGUGGUUUCAAGUACAAGUGCUACGAAAAGGAUUGCAAGAUUCAUUGGUUUAAGAUAGAUGUGACCUGCUGUCUAGUUCCUGAGUACAGCACCCAAAAAUUCCAUGAACAUCCCAUAUUCAUCGCCCCAUACAAUUACGACCAUGAAAUAUAUCCUUGCAAUGGUUGUAAGAGACGUCUUACGAAGACUCGUCUACAGUGUACUCUCUGCGAAAUUUCUAUUUGCUAUGAAUGCGCUACCAUCCCCGAAGAGUUGCACUAUAAACACGAUGAACAUCCUCUCACUCUUUGCUAUGGAGAAGAGACGGAUGGAAAGUAUUGGUGCGAAGAAUGUGAGAAGGAAGUGAAUCCGUCGGAAUGGUUCUACACGUGCAACAAAUGUUGCAUCACUAUCCAUAGGACUUGCCUAUUCGGAUUCUACGUUUAUCUGAAGCCUGGUCACACAUUAAAAUAUAAUCGUGCUACCACGGUGGAAGUUCUUGGCAAUAGUAUUAGUACUCGACCUAUUUGCAGUCGGUGUGAGGAACGUUGUCGUGGUUUCACUUACUUCAAAGUCGACUUGAAGACUCUUUGUUCUUGGUGUGUUUUUGCACCCCCUAAAAGAUAAAGGGACCGGCAAACAUGAUUGUGUUUUCUUUCGUUUUGUUUUGUAUCAUCUCAUAGUCCGGUAUGGACACUGUUUAGGACGGUUCUCCUAUUCUUCUUGCGACCAAGAAGAAUAAAAUAAUUAAAAAAAUACUCCAUUUGGAUUUAAAUGUAUGAUGUUUAAGGUUUUACACACAUAUUAAAAAACAAUAAAUAUACUAUUUUAAUUAUUACCUUUUGGUUAUAUCAAUAAAGUUUUAUCACUCAUAAUUUUACUUUUUAAUUUAUAUCUAAAUUUUAAAAAUAAAUGUAUUAAUUAUAUCUCAAAACAUCAUAUAUUUGUAUACAAAAUAAAAUGAUAGAACAUCAUGCAUUCGUAUCCGGAGUAAAUUAAAGAAAAAAAAAAGAGAAGAAUAGUCUAUUCCCUGAGAGACUAGAGUUUUUUUUCAUAUAAAAGAAUCAAAUACAGUUUUCAUUUUUAUAGUGUAAAAUGUUAUUUAAGCAU